AACCCCUGACCCUAGAACUACUGAUUCCCUUAUAACCCCUGACCCUAGAACUACUGAUUCCCUUAUAACCCCUGACCCUACAUCAACUGAUUCCCCUAUAACCCCUAACCCUACAUCUACCGAUUCCCCUAUAACCUCUGACCCUACAUCUACCGAUUACACUAUAACCCCUGACCCAAGAACUACUGAUUCCCUUAUAACCACUGACCCUAGAACUACUGAUUCCCUUAUAACCCCUGACCCUACAUCUACUGAUUCUCCUAUAACCCCUGACCCUACACCUACUGAUUCCAAUAUAACCCCUGACCCUACACCUACUGAUGCCCCUAUAACCCCUGACCCUACAACUACUGAUUCCCCUAUAACCCCUGACCCUAGAACUACUGAUUCCCUUAUAACCCCUGACCCUAGAACUACUGAUUCCCCUAUAACCCCUAACCCUACAUCUACCGAUUCCCCUAUAACCUCUGACCCUACAUCUACCGAUUACACUAUAACCCCUGACCCUAGAACUACUGAUUCCCUUAUAACCCCUGACCCUACAUCUACUGAUUCUCCUAUAACCCCUGACCCUACACCUACUGAUUCCAACAUAACCCCUGACCCUACACCUACUGAUUCUGCUAUAACCCCUGACCUUACACCUAUUGACACUCCAACUGCCGAAUACCUAACUACUACUGGUCUUCCAACUACUGGUUACCCUACCCCUAUCCCUAUCACCAGUACCAGUCUCCCAAACACCUCUACCACCAACACCACCUCUCCUACCACCUCUACUACCACCACCACCACCAGCACCACCACCACCUCUACCACCACAACCCCUCCUCUGGUCUGUAUCAACAGUGGUGAGCUGCAGAAUGGAGUCUGUAUCUGUCCUGAUGAGUGGACCGGAGAGACCUGUUCAGAGGGGAAUUUCUGCAAUUCCACCAUCAUUGGUCAUUUCUCCUACCCAAGAACAACGGUUGGCUGGUCUGCUUAUUCAAAAGAGUUGUGUGAUGAGAAGACAACCAGUGCUGGUUUAUCAAGAGCCUCAGCAAGAUGUUUGAAUGACACUGGCUCUCCGAUGUUUGGUCCUCCUCAUGAACUGCAGUGUGAAUUUACCCUCGGUGACAUUCAAGGAAAUAUCUCCAGCAGUUCAGGUGAUUUACUACAGUUAGCCUUCAGUACUCAGAUCCUGACCUCCCAACCAGAGCAGCUGUCAGCUGACAACAUCACCACAGCAGCUCAGAUAGCUAACACACUGCUUCAGUCUGCAAAUAUCACAGAGGACAUCGCAGUGGCAGCUGUAACCACCAUCAGUCAGCUGCUCAAUGCCAGUGAGGAGAGUACACAGGAGAGAGACGCUGUCCAAAACCUCACAGAGACCCUGGAGAAGUUUUCCCUGGACCAGUACAAUAAUGUGUCCUUGGUGGUUCAGCCCAACCUGGCAGUCCAGUCUGUCCAAGUACCAAGUGACACAGUAGGGAUCCAGUUUACUGCUCUGACUGGAAGAUCUGGUAAUUUUGUGGCCAACAGAAUUCAUCUCAACACCAAUACCUCUGAACUGAUAGCUGACAAAGGAGGUUCUACCGAUGUCCAGAUUGUCAUAAAAUUCCCAUCAGUUUUACGUAGUAAAAACACAAACAACUCCAUUGGUUUUGUGCUCUACCAAAACGACCGGUUCUUCAAGUCCAGGGCUUUCAGUGCUUCUUCAGGGACCAGCAGAAGGGUCAUCUCUGCUAACCUGGGCCAAGUGUCUGGGUUACAUGUUGAGAUGCUCUUCAAGCCCACAGCUGUUCCCAACACCUCCCUCUAUGACUUUGCCUGCGUGUCAUGGAACUACACGUUGAAAGACUGGAGCACCUUUGGCUGCUACAAAGUCAACCACUCAGCAGACGGCCUGCAAUGUUUCUGUAAUCACACCACUAACUUCGCUGUGCUGAUGUCUUUCAGGAGGGAUUAUAAAUACGCUAAUGAGCUAAACUGGAUCACCACAUUGGGAUGCUCCAUGUCCAUCAUAGGGUUGAGUUUAACAAUAACAUUCCAGAUGGUGACCAGGAAAUCACGCAAAACCAACCCAACGGUCCUCUUAGUGAGCGUCUGCAUGUGUCUCCUGAUCUUCACCCUCCUCUUCAUGUUGGGAGUGGGCAACCCUCAUAAACAGCUGGGCAAACCUAAAAUACAGAAGGACAACAUUCUCCCCCCGUCCGACACACACACAGAGCGGGACAGAGGGCCAUGUACUGCAGUGGCAGUCCUGCUGCAGUACUUCCUGUUGGGGACGUUCACCUGGAACACGCUGUACGCCACACAUGUCUUCCUGAUGAUCAGAAACAGCCUGGCCACCAGCCCAUCACACUUCACAGCCUAUACCGUGGCCAUCGGAUGGGGACUGCCUGCAUUUGUGGUGUCCCUCACCUUAGGAAUUAGUUACAGAGUGGAUAAUCCACUGGGAUACAGGCAGGAGGAAUUUUGCUGGCUUGCUGCCCUCGAUCCAAAGGAGAACUUUGACUUCAAGCUGCCAAUGUUUUGGGGGUUCCUGAUCCCUGUGGCGUUCAUGCUUAUCUUCAACACAGUGGUGUUGGUAUAUUUUACAGUUACAACAUGCAAGACCAACCCACAUUUAACCAGUACAAGACACACAUCGAUGAAGAAGAAGUUCCUCAGUAGCUUUUCUCUGGCUGUGGUGCUCGGUCUCUCCUGGAUCCUGGGCUAUCUGUUGCUCAUUACACAGAACCAGACCAUGUACACCAUACUCAACAUCUCCUUCUGUGUUCUCACCACCACUCAGGGCUUGCAGAUUUUCAUUCUGUUCACAGCAAGAACAGCAAUUGUCAAGAAAAUGAUGGCGGAUGCUUUGAAAUCUGUUUCUAGCGUUGGGAUCCCGCUUCACACCAAGAGGUUCAGUCUAUGGCGAGGCAAGCACAGAGAAAAGGUUGAAUCAUACACACAGCUGGACACUAUUCUGUCAACACAUUAACAUCUUAACUGCCACAGAAAAAGUAUUUUCCUGAAAAAAUUGUAUUUAACCUUAAAACUAGUUAGGGAUAGGCGGGACGCAAAUGUCUCAACUGGCCAAUUGCCAGGGAAAUGCAGAGCGCCAGAUUCAAAUAA